UCUCCUCCAGAUCCUGUAGUCACCAGAUCCAUCAAAACGAUCAAUGUCAACUUUGAUAUUGCUCAUGUUAGAAAAAUCAAAAUUAAAUUGAGUUGAGUUUAGAAAGAUUUGUUUAUUAUCAGUUUGUGGAAUUUCCACAGAUUUUCCACUGUCCACAACUUCUUGUUGUGUUUCUUCUUCUUCUCCCAGUCUUGAUCACUUUCUUGAACCUUUCUUGAGUUGAUUUAAGCUUGAACCAAAGCUCUGAUACCACUGUAGGAAUUUGGCUUGGUGAAAUCCCAAGUUUGCCCUACACCACUCAAGAAACGAGUCAAAACGACAGGGACAAAUCUGUCCCAGAAAAAUUCAAUUUAAAACUCAAUCAACGACCAAAGAACCCUGGUCGUUUAACCUACACGACAAUGAAAACUUGUCGUUCUUCACUCACACGACAAAUCGUUUAAACCAAACGAUUUGUCGUUCUGGAUUGAACAAAAGUAAGUUCAAUCAGAGCUAACCCUAGCUCAUUUGCACCUUCGAACAUUCGAGAAUUUCUCAAAUUCUCUCUCUUUCUCUCUGCCUUCUCUCUGGUUCUCAAACCCUAGAACCAGAGAUCCUUCUCGAUCUAUUGAUCGAUCUUACCCAGAAACCUUCCCAAAAAACACCACACAAUACACACAUACAAAUAUCAAGCAUAGAUCAUUAGGUUAGGGUUAGAAAAUUAACACCAGAGUUUAUAGAGGUUCGCCCUAAAUCAGGGGUACGUCCUCUUUGAGCUCGCCUUGAAGACGAUCUACAGAUCUGCACUAUUAUGAUGAAGAUUGAUACAAAGGUGAGAAAUCCAAGUCACAACACUUUGACUGGUAUUUCAGAUUUGCUCUCUUUUCUUUCUAUGUGUUUAUCUCUCUGUAUUUUCUUGGUUUCUCACUCACUAACACUUUUUCUUUCUUUGCAUGAACAUGGACUGCUGAGAUUUGGAGCAGAAGCUUUCAGAUCUUGUACUCUAGGGUUCGAGUUUCUGGUAUCUCUCAACUUAGAGAUCUGUGACCAAUACUACGAAUCUACGAUUUGCAACUAUGAUGGGAAUGAGGUACAAAGGAAGGGACUUUUGUAUUUCAGGAAAGAGUUAUGCAGGACAUUAUGUUCCUCAGCUGAGCCAAGCAAUUGUAAAGCACAACUCUGCAACAAAGGAAAAAACAAUUAAUCUGAAGGGCUAUUGAUCUGUUAAGAAUAUGUAACAAUUCAGAUUCAUUGAAAAGGGGAGAAUAAAUUUUUAUAGUUUUAACUAUAACAUAUUUAUAUAUGCAUGUCUCUCUUGCCAAUUUUAACAUGUAACUUUGCUAGUUUUAUGGUUAAAGGGUCAUCUUUAUCUUGGACUUUUAAGGUCACCCUCUCAUGAAAGUGUGUAUUUUACUUGUUAAUGUGUUAUUUAUAGUUUUUGAUUCGUUUCUUAGACUUAUUACAUUUAAACCCAUCCUGAAACGGAGAUCUUAUAGGAUUAGUACUUGUGUUGUAGUAUACAAGCUAGAUAUGUUGAAUCAUGAACGACGCAGACAUUAAUAAACCAACUUAGAUGAAAUGAUUUUUGAAUAAGAGCUUGAUCAAGUGCUUGGCUCUGAAGAAGAUGUAAUUUUGUUUGCUAAAGAGUAAUUUAUGGAAGGCUGGGUAAGGAGAGGACUGCUGCAAUAUUAUGUAGCAUUAUACUUAUGUUGGAAGUAUAUUAUCAUGAAAUAAAUGAGAUUACUUUAGUAAAAAAAAAAUAUCUUUCUUGAU